UCGCUAGGGUCGGGGCUCCGCGCCCGCCAUGCCCGUGCGCGCGCUGGUGACGCUCCGGUUCGGCCCCUACCGGAGCUGCGGGGUGUUGGAGCACAGGCUCUUCCGCCUGCAGGGCCUGCAAGCUGUGUUGCAAGCAGAGGGUCACCAACUUGUUCUGGAAAAGAUACCAGAUUGGAAUAAUGUAGAACUCAUAGUGAAUGGAGAGACUGUUUUCGAGUGCAACAUUAAUGAUCUGGACUUUGGCUGUGAAUUCUCAGAACUAUCACAGCCUUGGCAAGAAUAACCACUGGUAAAAGAGUGUAAUUUAAUGGAAUUCAGUGACAUGGAGAGAACUAGCAAAAGGCAUGUGCACCAUUUCAUUGAGAUUUAAGUGACACUUAGGCCUUGUGAAAAGCAGUAAAUAUCUCCCCAUAUGGAUAAGCAGAAUAUAUCUUGUUUGCUCACAAGCCUCUUCUGCUUAUUUUAUACAUUAAAGUUACAGUAUCCCCCAUAAUAAUUACUCAUUUCCCAGAGGUGCCACAGUCAAUGAUUUACUUGGAAGAAUUAAAAAAAGGGCUGAUGCCAGCACAGAUCUGGGAAUAGUGUUUAAUCAGUAAGAGGUCCAUCAAUGGGUAUUAGCCAGGAUGGGCAGGGAUGCUUAAACAUGCUGCCUCUGUUUGCC